CCCACUCCAUUCACACAGGUAAACCAGGUGGGUUGGACAUGGACUUUAUGUCUCUUGUCUCUGUGUGGAGGAUCAGAUGCUCCACAUCGUGCCGUCAGUAGCAGACCUGCAGACAUGGCCCAGGUAAAGGUCUCCGGAGACGCCAUGAGGAGCCACCAGGACUGUGCAGAGGUUUACUCUGACAUGGCGACUGUCAGCUCCAGCGCAGAUAUAGGAGAGUCGGUGAGGAAGGGCUCAUUGUGUGAGACCUCCAUGGGAGUCGGCUUCGGCAGGAGGAGCAGAGCGUACCCCUCCCCAGCCAGGAGGAGACACCGCACCACCUUCAGCCACAAGCAGCUGGAGCAGCUGGAGGUGGCCUUUGGACAGAACCAGUAUCCAGACAUCUACUACAGAGAGGAGCUGGCUCGGGUCACCAAGCUCAACGAGGCUCGCAUACAGGUUUGGUUUCAGAACAGAAGAGCCAAACAGCGGAAGCAGGAGCGGGCCUCCCAGAAAGUCCUCCCAGUGGGAGUGAUGCCGGGCCACAGGGCGCUGCUGGGAGGGAUGGGAGGGAUCCAGCCUCCCAGCAUGGCUCGCCAGUACUACAGCCAGCCCCUGGCCCACAUCCCCCGCCUGCCCCCCAUGCUGCCCUCUGGGCCGUACUCCCGCCACCCGGGCCCGGUGGGCCAGUGCCCCUGCCCCAGCAUCCCCCCACAGCCGGCAGCCCCGCGGCAGCAUGAAGACUGGUACAGCCCGCUGAGGAGCAACCUCGCCUCACCCAUGUUCUCAUUGACCUCUAUGCAGCCUCUGGACCCCACCUGGAGCUAG